AUGCUUAGUACAGAAUAUCACCCAAAAUCACCAGCCAAGUUACCAACAGAUUCCAAUUUUUAUCCUGGUAAAAAUUUAAUGAUAAGGAUGGAAGAAUUUUAUCAGAGUACAUUGAUUGAUGAUGUGAUGAUAUUAACAUAUAGAGAUGCAGAGACAGAGAAAAAAUUUGUAGAGAAAAGAAAAAAACGAUAUCUACCACAGACUAAAAAUGCCAAAGACCCAAGAAAGCCAACACCACUUAGGCAACGAGGAAAUAAACAAAUCCAGCCUACACCCUUACCUCAAUCACACCUAACCAUACCAAAGUUACAAGCUAUCAAUCUCAAUUGUAUGAUGAAACAAGCUAUUAUAAAUAAACAACAUUUAUUAAGUGGUUUGAUGGCUCUACAAUCAAUAACAUCAGAGCAACCAUCUGUUAUCUACGCAAGAUCUGAUGUUUCCACCUGGAAAUUGAGAGAAGGAAUGCCAAUUGGAUGUAAAGUGAGCAUUAAAGGAGCAUCAAUGUACACAUUUUUAGAUAAAUUAGUUGAGAUAGUACUUCCACGCAUGAAAGAUUGGGAUGGAAUACAAUUCACAUCAGGGGAUGGCGAUGGAAAUAUUGCAAUGGGAUUACCAUCAAGUGCUUUAGGUUUAUUUCCUGAUAUUGAGGGAAAUUAUGAGAUGUAUCCAACCAUAACAGGUUUUAAUGUUAUCUUUCAAACUACUGCUUAUACUGAUGUUGAAGGUAGAUUAUUAUUAAGUGGAUUACAAUUGCCUUUCA